UAUAAAUUUUGUACUUUUUUUUAUAAUGUUUGUCAUAUCGUUUAAUGUUUCUACAUUUUCUAAAAAUCUUUUGUUCAGAUCAUUUUCGUCAGGUUUAUCAAAAGAACUUAAAUCUCUACAAGAACUAUGCAGAAAGUUCUCAGAUGAAGAAUUAAACCCUGUUGCAAGUCAACUUGAUAAACUUGGAAAAUUUCCAAAGCAACAAAUUGAGAAGUUGGGUGCUUUAGGAAUGAUGGGAAUUUGUGUGCCAACAGAGUAUGGAGGUAGUGGUAUGAGCACCUUAGCGUUAUCUAUAAUUGUUGAAGAAUUAUCUCGGGGCUGUGGAUCAACCGGAUCAAUUGUAUCAAUACAUAAUUGCCUUUAUGCUAAUUUAAUUCAAAGGCUUGGAAGUCACGAUCAAAAACUUAAAUUCCUCAAGCCACUUGUUAGCGGGUCUAAUAUUGGAGCUUUCGCGUUAAGUGAAUCAGAUGCUGGAAGUGAUGUAGCGGCACUAUCUACCACUGCUAUUAAAAAAGAUGAUUCAUAUAUUCUGAAUGGUUCAAAAGCUUGGGUGACAUCUGGCAUUGAAGCAGAAGUUGCUGUCGUUUUCGCUACUGUUGAUAAAGCUUUAAAUCACAAAGGCAUCACAGCGUUUAUAGUGGAACUGAACUCACCAGGUGUUGAUAGAGGAAAGAAUGAACAAAAAUUGGGAAUUCGUGCAACUUCCACAUGUUCUCUUGGAUUUAUUGAUGUACAAAUAAACUCUUCCAAUAUGCUUGGUGAUUCUGGAAAUGGAUUCAAAAUAGCUAUGGAGCAGUUGGAUCAAGCGCGGAUUGGAAUUGCAUCGCAAGCACUUGGAAUCGCUCAAGCAUCUCUUGACACUGCCAUAACAUAUGCUAGUCAAAGGAUUGCAUUUAAAAAGCCAAUAUUAGAAAUGUCUUCUGUUCAAAAUCGUCUUGCUGAUAUGGCAUUACGAAUAGAAGCUUCAAGGCUUCUUGUCAGAAAUGCAGCCCACUUAAAAGAUCAAAAUGUACAAACAACAAUGCACACAUCAAUGGCAAAAUGGCAUGCAAGUGAGACUGCAACUUUCUGUUCUCAUAAUUGCAUUCAAAUUCUUGGCGGCAUGGGAGUUGUUGAAGAUUUUUCUGCUGAAAGAUUCUACAGAGAUGCAAGAAUCACUGAAAUUUAUGGUGGAGCAACAGACAUUCAAAAAUUGAUUGUCGCUAGUCAAUUAAAGAAAAAUUAUGGUUUAUAAGAUAAUUUUAUAUUUUUGGGAUAUGUUUAUGGGAUUUAAAGGUUUUAUUUUUGAGGGCGUUAAAAGGAUAUUGUUGUACAUUUCUAAUUAGGUAUAUUAUUAAUAAAGAUAUUUUAUUAAUUAACUAUCCAAUAUAA